UGGGAAGGGAGGAAUGAUUCAACUGAUAUAGCGGGGAAUAUGGAAACAGCGCCGCCUUGCUUCUCCUGCGGCAGUGUGUCUGUAUCGGCAACGUUGGCCCUGAAGCAGUCCCUCACCGUACGACCUGCCCCUAAUAAUGUUCAGCUUCACCCUCCGUCCAUAUGCCUGCAGAUGCACAAAGGGCGCCUCAGCAUCAUCCACUACCGGAUGAACGACGCCAGCGGUACUGGCAUCACCCAGAGGAGGACCAGGAGCCGGAGGAGUCGCUCUCCCAAGAAGAAGCCCGCCCUCGACCCCCCUCCCACUGCUGGGGAGGCAGACAAUCCAAAGAAGAAGAAGGAGGCGGCGGCGGCGGGGGAGACGUUGAGUGUGGGGGCGCUGCACCAGAAUGGGGACCCUCUGGGGUGGAGAGACCUGGGCAAGAGCGUGGUGAGGUGGAUAUGCCAGGCCAUGCGUGCCAUGGCCUCCGAUUUCGCUGCUGCCGAGGUGCAGGGCGAGUUCUCGGAGGUGAGACAGCGGAUGGGACCUGGCCUCACUUUCGUCAUUCAGGCCCAGCCUUACCUCAAUGCCAUUCCCAUGCCCCUUGGACUUGAAGCCAUCUGCCUAAAGGCUUGUACUCACUACCCCACUCUCUUCGAUCACUUCCAGCGUGAGCUCCGCGAUGUUCUCCAGGGCCUGGAGCGUCAGUCCGUGGUCCCUAAUUGGCGUGGCACCGAGUCCUGGAAGUUGCUCAAGGAGCUCGCUUCUUCCGCUCAGCACAAGGCGAUUGCCCGCAAGGCAUCCCAGCCCAAGCCCGUGCAAGGUGUUCUGGGGUUGGACCUGGAGAAGGUCAAGUCUAUACAGAGGAGGAUAGACGACUUCACCACGAACAUGUCUGAGCUCCUCUGUAUUGAACGGGAUGCCGAACUCGAGUUCACACAGGAGGAGUUGGAUGCAGUGCCCAUGCCUGAUACUAACUCUGAUGCAUCGAAACCAAUUGAGUUCCUUGUCAGCCAUGGCCAGGCUCAGCAAGAACUCUGUGACACCAUCUGCAAUUUGUAUGCAGUUAGCACAUCUACCGGAUUGGGUGGGAUGCAUCUGGUAUUGUUUAGAGUAGAAGGGAAUCACCGGUUGCCACCGACGACAUUAUCUCCUGGUGACAUGAUAUGCGUAAGGGUGUGCGACAGUCGGGGUGCAAGCACAACUUCGUGCAUGCAAGGCUUCAUACACAACCUUGGCGAGGAUGGUAGCAGCAUCAGUGUUGCUUUAGAGUCUCGCCAUGGUGAUCCUACUUUCUCCAAGCUUUUCGGGAAGACUUUACGAAUUGAUCGCAUACAAGGAUUAGCAGAUGUGCUGACUUAUGAGCGCAACUGUGAAGCACUUAUGCUACUCCAGAAGAAUGGCCUACAUAAGAAAAAUCCUGCAAUUGCUGUAGUGGCUACUCUAUUUGGAGACACGGAAGAUGUUGCCUGCCUAGAGUUUAACCAGUUGGUGAAUUGGGCUGAAGCAGAGCUGGAAGGAUUGUCAAGUUAUGGGACGUUUGAUGAUUCCCAGAGAAAAGCAAUCGCCUUGGGUUUAAAUAAGAGGCGACCUCUAUUGAUAAUCCAAGGGCCUCCUGGGACAGGGAAAACAUGUUUGCUUAAAGAGCUUAUUGUCCAGGCGGUUCAACAAGGUGAAAGAGUGCUGAUGACAGCACCAACAAAUGCAGCUGUUGAUAACAUGGUUGAAAAACUUUCGGAUAUUGGGCUUGACGUUGUACGAAUGGGCAAUCCGGCACGUAUAUCUGAAUCUGUAGCCUCAAAAUCAUUAGGAGAAAUAGUAAAUGCGAGGCUUGAAAGUUUCCAAACAGAAUUUGAAAGGAAGAAAGCAGAUCUAAGGAAAGAUCUGAGACACUGCCUUAAGGAUGAUUCUUUGGCUGCUGGCAUACGUCAGCUUCUGAAGCAGCUAGGUAAGGCCUUCAAAAAGAAGGAGAAAGAGACUGUGAAAGAAGUACUCACAGGUGCUCAAGUAGUGCUUGCUACAAACAGUGGAGCAGCUGAUCCUUUGAUCCGCAGACUGGAUUCCUUUGACCUUGUUGUUAUAGAUGAAGCUGGUCAGGCAAUUGAACCAUCAUGCUGGAUACCUAUGUUGCAGGAAAGCGCUGCAUACUUGCUGGUGAUCAGUGCCAGCUUGCCCCUGUGGUUUUAUCAAGGAAAGCCCUAGAAGGCGGCCUUGGCGUAUCACUAAUGGAGAGAGCUGCAAAUUUGCAUGAAGGAAUUCUGGCGACCUUGUUGAUAACGCAAUACCGUAUGAAUGAUGCAAUUGCAAGUUGGGCCUCUAAGGAGAUGUAUGAAGGAUUAUUAA